ACUUAAAACCAAAGCUUCUUCAUUACUCAUAUUAAAUAUGAUUCUUCAGCUAUGAAAAUUAGUCUGUACCUAAACUAAUUCUGAUUAGCUUAAUUUUAAUUCUAAUUCUUUGGACUUCACACCGCUAAUUGUUGGUUUUUCUUUUUUGUAGGUUAUUGAUUGGGAAGCAUCCCAACAGAAAACAAUUAAUCCACAGCAGAAUUCUUCAGAAAAUAAUCCAGAAACCAAAAGUGAAGAUCCAGAACAUGGACCAAGUGUCGAUUACCUUAGUGUAUCACCUCAAGCUUCUUUAGAAGUCAGUUGUGUGAUGAAGAAGAAACCAAAUCAAGUAAAAAAGGGACUUGCAGCUAAGAAAGGUGGUUUGGGGGCCCAGAAAAUGAGCAGCAAGAGUUUUAAUGAGAUAGAAAAACAAGCACUGGCAGUAGAUAAACUGAAGGAAGCUGGGAAAACACCAGAGAAGGAAGAACCACUGGUAUCAUCUUUACGACUAGCCUACAAAGAUCUUGAAAUCCAGAUGAGGGAUGAAAAAUUAAAUGUGGCUGGUAAAAAGAAAACAGAGGUAGAAAGACUUGGCAUGGGAUUCAGUAGUAAGAGAAGUGGUAUUUCUCAUUCGGUAAGUUCAGAUAUGCAGAUCAUAGAACAAGAAAUACCUACAAGUGCAAAACCGAGGAAAAAGUAUAAUGAUGAAGAUGACUUGUAUUUUUCUUGCCCCAAUUCAAGGUAUUUUGAUUCAUCUGACUUGAGAAGUAGUGCUUUUUCUAAAUGGGAUGACAAUACUGAUUCAUUCUGGAAGAAAGAAAGCAGCAGCAGAGAUAUGGAUAUGAUUCUGUCUUCCAAGCCUGCAAGUUAUUCAGAGAGGCCAUCGUCUCGUCGGAAACCAGAGCAUGAAAUUUCUCCAAGCACAGAUGAAGCACAAAAGAAAUUUGGCAAUGCAAAAGCUAUUUCAUCAGAUAUGUAUUUUGGAAAGCAAGACCAUGCUGAAUACGAAGCUAGAGUUCGGUUAGAAAGGCUUUCCGGGAAUGCUGCCAUAAGUUCAGCUGACUUGUUUGAAGAUCAAAAGAAACAGCCAUCAGGCAGUUACAAUAUUUCAAAUGUCUUGCCCGCUGCUCCUGAUAUGACUCAGUUUAAACAGGGAGUGAAGUCUGUUGCUGGAAAGCUUUCUGUCCUGGCAAAUGGAGUCAUGACCUCUAUUCAGGACCGCUAUGGUUCUUAACCAUUUCUGUUCAGCUGACUGGAUAUCUAGAAGAGUUUUUUUUUUAUGUGUCUGUGUCUACCAGUGAUCAUAUUGCAGAUCUAACAUGAAGGUUGCCUUUAGGCUGUAAAAUAUUUUAUCCUAAUUUGUUUGUCACUUGUACGUUUGUAAGGAGAGUCUUUUUUGGCUCCUAGCAAUAUUCGUUUGUAACUUCUGUUUUUACUCUGUUAAUGUUUUAUUUUUUGCUGCCUUAUUGUGCUACAAGUAAUUGGUUAUCCUGAGUCUGGUUCUAAAAUAGAACAAGAAAUAAGGAAUGCCAUUCUCUUUCACAGAAUAGUACUAGACUAAGAAUUAACUCCUUUUAUAAACUUGAAAGAUGAAUGAUCAUUUUAAAUUACAAUGACUAUGGCCUGCUGAUAAAUUACUUUUCAUUAUCACUCUGAACACAAUAGUGGCAAUUAAUUCUGUGCCUUUUCUGUUAUAGAAAGUAACAUAUUUUGGUACAAGACAUUUCACUCUAUGGAGAUUCAGGUAAUCGAUUGGAACACAUGCAUACACACAUGUAAGAGUAAAAAGGAGUAAGAAAUGCAGAAGCCUAUGAAAUGUGAGUUCUUAUGUGAGAGAUGAUGGUGGGGUGGGGCAUGGGGAGAUUUCUAGAAAGGGAGAGGAUCCAACAUAAGGUUCAGCACAAAGUUAAGGUGUAUAAUUUUGUGUUGGACUGUGUUCAUGUAUCUUGAUAGUAAAUAGUAAUAGAUCUGUACAUGAGAAAUAACUGAAAGUCUGUAUGUGCAAUAGAAAAUUCAAAUAGUUUUUGUUGCAUUAGUUUUUCAUCUAAGUUUGUUUAAUGAAAAUGAGACACAUGUGUCCUGUAUUUAAAAAAGCAUAGGUUUGACAUUAUAUUUAUUCAUUGCAUUUAAUUUGAUUCCUUGUGCUUUUCAGCAAUCAAUAUGGUGGCUAAAAUGAAAAAUAAAUUACUUGUACGUGUAUAUCAAGUGAUAAGGAGAGAUGUUCUCUGAGUCGAACCAGAUACACUAAUAGAAUGUUUAAAUAACAAGAGUUCUAGCACUGCAUCUGUGCAUAAAAGUGGGUGCCGGAUGUUUUAAACAGCCUGGAACCCCAGUUAUUUAAAACAGUGAAUUUAAAAUGUUUGAUAUGAAGCCAGAAAUUUUCUUUUUUCCUUGAACAGCAACCAUUUCAGUAUAAUAACAAUCAGAAUAAAUUGUGAUUUUACAAGUUA